GACAGCUGCAUCCAGAUCCGCCUCGCCUCGCUGCCUGAUCGGAGCCUAGCAGGGGAGGUGGGGGGUGACAGCUCAGUCUGUUUGACCCGCAUCGAUUUCAGCCAAGCUACUCAGCACACAGAUCCGAGCAGAAGUGCGCAUCUCUUCAACAUCUGGCUCCCUUUGCACAGCGAGGGGGGAGAAUGAGAAUAGAGGAUUUAGUUUAUUCAUGUAGGUACAGCCGAGCAGAGGAAAAGUCACUCCUAAAGAUUUUGACAUGAAGAAGGAUAUAGAUGCAUUGAUUGCAGAGGAACGGGCAGAUAUCAUCUCUAAAUAUGAUAAGGGCAGGCAAGAAGGCGUCAGCAUCGACCCUUGGGAGGACGCUGACUUUAGCAUCUAUAAAGUCACUGACCGUUUCGGCUUCCUACAUGAGAAUGAACUGCCAACGCCCACUGCAAUUGAAGAGAAGCAAAAGCAACAGGAGUUGGAGCGAGUAGCGAAAUGGCUGAAGAUGGUGAAAAAAUGGGACAAGUACAAGAACAGUGAAAAGCUGGUGAAGCGGGUGUAUAAAGGAAUUCCUCUGCAGCUGAGAGGCCAGGCUUGGGCUUUGCUUUUGGACAUAGAAAAGAUUAAAAAAGACAAUCAGGGAAAAUAUGAGAAAAUGAAGCAGCAGGCUCGAAACUUCUCAACAGAGAUCAAGCAGAUAGACCUGGAUGUCAACAGAACAUUCAGAAACCAUAUCAUGUUUAUGGACCGCUUUGGAGUGAAACAGCAGGCACUGUUUCAUGUACUGGCAGCUUACUCUGUCUACAACACGGAGGUAAGCUACUGUCAGGGGAUGAGUCAGAUCGCUGCGAUAUUGCUCAUGUACCUGAAUGAGGAAGAUGCCUUCUGGGCUUUAUCCCAGCUUCUUACAGACAGCAAGCACUCUAUGCAUGGAUUUUUCAUUCCUGGAUUUCCCAAGCUGCAGCGUUUCCAGACUCAUCAUGACCUCAUCCUCUCGAAAAUGCUGCCUAAGCUUAAAAAAUACCUGGACAGGGAGCAGAUGACAACAGGGAUUUAUUCAACCAAAUGGUUUCUGCAGUGCUUCAUCGACAGAACGCCCUUCACCCUCACAUUGCGCUUAUGGGACAUCUACAUUUUGGAAGGAGACAAGAUCCUUACAGCCAUGGCUUAUACAAUCCUCAAGUUACACAAAAAGCGGCUGAUGAAGCUCCAGCUAGAGGACCUGAGGGAGUUUCUUCAGGAGGAGCUGUCUCAUUCGUUCAUACUGCCGGACGAUGCUGCGAUUGAACAGUUACAGGCCGCCAUGUCAGAGCUGCGCAGUAAAAAGCUGGAUCAACCUCCUCCAGCCAAGUCAGAUGAGCUGCCAAAGAAGCCUCUGGGUCAAGAGAGACCAGUUCUUCUUCACCCAUUGCAGUCUAACUCUCCUCCGGAGGUCAAAAUAAAUCAUCAGACAAACAGCAAGCCUAUUUCAGAGACUGAGAAACUGGAGGCAACUUCCAAUCAUCACGCUUCUUCAAUGUCUUCAUUAGUUGUCCGUGCAGAAGGAACACCUUCUUCCCUAAGGCACUGUAAAUCACCACUGGUACCUCCAAAAGAAAACAAGCCAUCUAUUGAGGUAGGGAUGGGUAGAGAUAUGAAGAAGUUGCCCCCAGAGGUUAACCAGGAGUUAGGAAUACAGGAGAACCAAGCGACUGACACAGAGUCUCAGGAGGGAUCAGUGGAUUGGCCUCCACCCUAUGAGCCCUCCCCUUCGGAUGCUGUGACUAUGCAGACAGAGGUUGACAUUUCGGACCUUCCUGACCUACCCCCUCCACCUUUGUUCUACCCUGAGCAGACUGACCAGCAGUUUCUUGGCAGAGAGUCGCCUAGCCUAGGGCCUGAGACUCAUCCUGAUUCGCACCUUCGCUCUCCAUCCCCUUGUCCAGCCUUACCACUGGCUGCUUCAGUCAGGCCAUCCCCCAAACCAAGCCCAAAACCAUCCCCUCACUUCAUGAAGAUAAGUACUUCUCCAACAAAGCCUCCAUGUCUCCCUGUCCACACACCACCCUCCUCAUCGCCUCCCAGAGUCCCACCCACCAAACCAACCAAGUUCCCAGUUUCCCUUUAUGUUCCUGGGUCCACAGGGGACAGACGACCCUCCAACACAUCUCAGUAUGAUAAUCUCUCAGAAGCUGAUGACGACGAUCGCUUUGUGGAGAGACUACUUGCCUGCACCCUUGAAGAAGCUCCAUGCAAACCCACCCACCCUACUGACAGAACCUACGACCCUACUCUCUACCCUGUCCCCCCACCUCCCCUCUUUAUUCCUCCUUCCCCUUCCCCUCUUCCCCCAUCGAUGUGCGUCCUCCCUAGAUUGCCCCAAGAGCCAGAAUAUAAAGGAGAGUCCAGCUGGGUGGAUGACUCCAUCAUCCCCCCUCCUCCACCAAACUUUGCAGACAGAUUCAGUCCCUUUCAGUGUACCUCUGGCAUCUCCUCAGACCCAACCAGGUCCUUAUCACCUGUUUACUCUAAGAAUUUCACCAGAGCCCCCAGAGACCAUUCUGCCUUCCCAGCACCUUUGCUAUACACAGGGUCUCCCCCGUGUCACAUCAGGUCCUCAGGACAGUCGCCAAUGGGCAUCACAGGAGUACAAUGCAGCCCGGACUUCUGUAGUACGCCUCCUGUUGGACAAAAACUGCCAAAAUCAGUAACUUUUUGAUGUGGCAGCUGUUCAUGCCCGAUUGGCCUUCAAAGCUACUGUAAAGAUAAAAGGGCCAGUAGCUAUUUGUCAAGAACUGUUCCACGCAUGUGUGACAACCAUUGUUCUAUGUCCAGCUACUGUACCCACUCCUAUGGCAGUUGCACCACUUUUAAGGAAACUGUUGUCCAACUCUUAUUUAAAUCCGAUGUCAAACAUUAUAUUAACCUGACCCCCCCCCCUUUUUUUAAACACACUUGGUUUCCUCUUUGUAUAGAAGAGUAGUGAUCUCAUCACAGCUGCACAUAUCACCAUUGUUCCACCUUAUGCUAUUGUAAUUUUGUUCCAACAAGGUGUCUUAAUCUUAACAUGGUGUACUUAGUGCGACAACUACAACAAAAGGGCUUUCAGACGACCAGUUAUCCUCCGCAAACCAAAACAUUCAAAUGGAAAUAAGUAGUCAGGUGUGAGCAGGCUCACACGUCUUCUCAGUUUGUCAAACUCUGCGAAACUGCGUGUAGGUUAAGUGUAGGUUAACAUAACAUGUCCACUAAACUAGAGUACAUUUAUGCAGAACUCAUAAAACUACAGGUUCCUUAUUGUCGUUAACACCAGCAGCAGCAUGAAUGGUGCAAUAAAUGACUAAUGUAAAUACAGACCUAUCUUUGACUUGUUUUUUUCAGGUAUUUUUCCCCCUCUGUGGUAGCAGUGGAUAUUCUUUAAAGGAGCUUUGUUUUUGUUUUUUUAUACAUUGUUACAAAGCUCUAAAAAAAAAACAAAAAAAAACAUUUUCUAUUACACCUGGCUUUACAGCAGUACUACACUGUUUAUAUGUUCAUGCAUGAAUAAGAUAGGGGGUUAAUGUGAUAUAUUGGCACAGACUGUUUUUCUGUAGAUGUUUGACUCUUUGAUGGUUGCGCCAUCUACUGGCCAGAAAACAAAAUACAAAUUUAGGCAUUUUACCAGUCAUUGAAACAGUUUGGUGUAAUUCUUACGAAAGCAAGCAUUUCAUUUAUUUAUUUAAACAAAAAACAUUUUCUUUCAAAAUGCAGGUUGAGCCACACAGUUAAAGACCUGUAGGGGCUGAGAAAAAGUCUGUUUUGUUCUGUGUCCUAUAAACAGUAUUUUGUUUUAUUGAAACUUGUCAUUUCUGACUGUUGCAGUUGGUGUUUUUUUUUUUUUAUCAGAGUUGCAAAGUGCUGUUCAACACUUUGGCCUGUUUGCAUUGCCUCACUAUGAAGUACUGUUUCUGGCAUUCAGUCAAGUAUGUUUGGCAUGACAGGAUAUUGGAACGUUGCUGAAUGUUGUACAUCACUGCUCCUGUAAGGAAUUUAGGUUGUUUUUAUGGAGACCGAGGCUAAAACCAAAGCUUAUCUGCAUUUACUUACUUGAGUUUUAUAAAGAGAUUAACUAUAACAUGUCUUGUUUUUCUGUUCUUCAAACAAUCAACAUUAUUGUUUCCAAAUAUUUAUUACAUACCCACAAAAUAAUGUAGUCCUACAAAAUAAACAAGUAUCUUUAGAUGAAGCUAUGUAAAACUGUUUUUUUUUUUUUUUUUCUAAUGAGGAAACAGGAUAACAG